CCAAAGGUUCCAGAAUCCACCAUCCAGAGCGCGCGGCGGCGGUGUUGGCCGUGCGGUGGGGGGAAAUGGCGGCCUCGCCGCCGAGGCAGAAGCCGCGGUUCGCGGCGGUGCCGGAUGCGCUUGCCUCUCUCCCCCUCGAGGUCCUCGACAACAUCUUCUCCCGCCUCCACAUCUACGACGUGGUCCGCACCUCGGUGCUCUCCCGCACGUGGCGGCGCCGGUGGGAGUCGCUCCCCACGGUGGACCUCUCCCAUAGCCCCGGCAUCUGCGCCUCCGACAUCGACGCUCUGCUCCUCCGCCGCGGCUCCGCACCCGUCCGCGCGUUCCGCCUCCCCGCGAGGGACCCCACGUGGAUGAUCUGGAACUACUUCCACGACUGGCUCCUCUGCCUCUCCCGGCGCGGCGUCCGGGACCUAACCCUCGGCUUCCCGUCCCGGUUCAGCCUCUUCCGGCUGCAUUCCUGCCUCUUCUCGUGCCGCGAGCUCACCCGCCUCAGCCUUAUCCACUGCCGCAUCCCACCGGCACCCGCGGGGCUCGUCGGGUUCCCGAACCUCAAGACGCUGCGCCUCGAGACGAUCUUCAUCGCCGCUCAGGAGCACGCGGGGAGGGAGUUCGCGGCCCUGAUAGGCGCGUCGCCGGUGCUUGAGGAUGUGGAGAUGGUCUGCGUGAAGCUUGACGGGGACGGCCCCGAUGAUGAGUGGGUGAUUCGGGCGCCCAAUCUCCGGAAGCUUUCUAUUCUCGGUGCUUUUAAAUAUGGUGGCGUAACAGAAAGCCUCCCGCUGCUUGAGGAAGCGACUUUCUUCGGCACGAAUUGCGCAAAGUUCUUGACUGGGAUGGUGGGAAUCACCAAGCUUGACUUCAGCUUCAUUUCCAUUUGGCCAACUGAAGUUGAUGUCCUGGAGCAGCUUCCCUUCCUGUUUGAGAACCUUAGGUUCUUAUCUGUUACAGUGAAUUUUUGCAAAAUGUGCCACAUUUUUUCUAUGUUCUGCCUGCUCAGAAGUGCCCCUGUUCUUGAGGAACUUGAAGUUUGGGGAUGGAGCGAUGGAACCCAGGAAAUUGAAACAAACAGCGAGUUCUUGAACGCUCAGUGUGCUGAUCAUAUAUUUGCAAAACUUCAUGUUGUCCAUAUGAAGAAGUUUGCAUACCUCGUUAAUGAGAUGCACUUUAUAGAGUUUGUUUUAUUGAAAGCAAGAGUAUUACAAGUGUUAUAUGUCACCCUGGAUUCCUAUGCCACAUGCAGUAAUGAGGAGGUUGUUACUGAAAUAGCAGAAUAUCCUAGAGCUUCAUCUGAUGCUCAGGUCAUCUUCAUGGGAAGAGAACCAGAUCUGCAAAUAAUGAAUGCAGAGGCUUCAUCACCACCGAGGAUUCUGAUGAUGAGAUAUCAGUAGAUAAAGCUCGCCCUCGAAGACGCCAGCGGUUGAAAUCUGAGUCUGUGGCACAAGUGGAGCAGCUUCGGGAGGAGGUACAAAAUCUAGAAAAUGAGGAGGUACAGGUUCUCAGGGACAGAAUACGGUUGAUGGAGGAGAUAUCAGUGCUGUAUAAGGAUGUUGAUAAGUAUGUCAGUUACAACAAAUAUGCCCUUGAGUUGCUGCGCAAAGGAUGCAAUGUUGCCUGCGCUGACCACCAUGCCGCCACUCGUGCAUCGUCAUCGGACCAUGCAGGCACUUCCAAACAAGGAGGCACUCCAGUGGACACUGCCAUCGAUGAUUCCCGUGUGGAUCCUCCAGAAAACCAUGCUGUCGGUGAACCUGGAAAUGUUCAUACGGAUUCUCACCUGAAAUCUCCAGCAGACCAUGACUAACAAGGAGAUUGGUCUAGUGCCACCCCCUCCCCAGCCCCCCCUCUUUCCGCUGUACUAAGCCUGUAAGGCUGUAACUAUCCAGUUUGGUUACAUCCUGGAUUGGAUUGCUGGAUAACGAACGAUGUAUCUUCAAUUUGCUGCCCUUUAUUGCGAACUCCAUAUUUUCAGGAGCUGUGCCAUUUGGCGCAAGCUUGAAAUUUGAAAAUCAUCUGGUUUAAGCAUCAA